AUGUUUUGCUACAACUUUUUCAUCAGAAAAAACGCCCUGUUCACCCUCGAAUAUCGAAUGCACACACAAACUAAACUUUCAAUCAGCGCAAUUAUUGAUGCAAGUUGCGAAAAAGCAUUCCACAUGCAAUCAAUCAUGGAUUUCUUGGUCGUCAGGCCUAUCGACAAUUGUUUUCACGAAAAUACCAAGCAUGUUCAUAGUUUUUGUACAUCGAUACCCUGUUUUCCUGACAUUGGUAGAAUCACUAGGCAUACGCGUCAGACUGUGAGAAUAAUACUUUGGUUAUGUCCUCACAAGUCUCCAGACACUCAGUGCUUUCAACAAGGUCCAGGUCCCAAGUCAACUAUUCAUUUUACAAUAGCGCUCGAACAACACAAUCCUAGGCGCCGCAUUCUGACAUUGCUCGUUGACUUGUUGAGAGAUUCCAUGCAUUUAGAUACCUCAGUUUACAAGAUUAGGCAAAAUAAUGUGUGGAGUUUAAGAGAGCUGAUCAGCUUUCGUAAAGAGAGUUAUAGCGUGAAGCUUACGCAGGAUGGUGACCAUUUGAUGUAA